UGUAAAAUUGGUAUACCUAUGGAAGGCGCGUAUUUUUCCAUAAAAUAACGAAGAUUUCAGUUGAGGAAUACGAAAGUUUCAUGAAUAAAAAACCGAUAAUAAUGAAGUUGCGAUUUUUUAAAAUGUGUUAACUACUCUCAAUGAUACUUUGCCUUGACUUCCACCAUCAAUCUUGAUUUUCCUAAAAGGUCCUUUAGAUUAAAGAACUGUUUGGAAAAAUAACGUUAAAGUCUGGAAUAAGUACGCAAUUCCGUAGAUUCCUAAUCCGUGAGAAAAUUGAAAAUUGUUAGACACCAUAGAGAAACUAAUGAUGAUAGCAAAAAUCCAUGAGGCGAAAUUGAAAAUUGUAACUCAAAUUUGAAAAUCAUCCCUCUUAGACGAAUAAUAUCAUACAUUUCAUCCACGCUCAAAGAAAGUUCCGCCACUGUUCUAAAGCCAAACAUCGAGCAAACAACAUAAUCCGUUCUCUAAACAUUUAGAGUCUCAUUGUACACACAUAGAGCGGAGGUAAACUGCGGAAGCUAUAGAUCGAAUUCGACGAAAUUUAGGUAAACUACGAAAACCGAAAAUAAGUUCCGACAAAGGGCCCCGACAAGGGUGUAAUUUGCAAUAGUGACAACCAGAAAGAUUACCCAGGCUCGGAUGCGGUUAAACGAUCCAGGAACUAUUUGCACAAAGGGCAAAUAGAAUUUACAUUAUUAACUGAUUUAAAAACCUUGAAUGAUGAGUUCCCGACCCUGACUGAUUAAUAUUUAAAAAAAAAAAACUAACUGUCGACUUUAAUGAAAUCGUUUAAGGCGAAUCACGUCAAACCGUUCAAAUAUAAAUACGCUCGAAUUGCCGUCGAUUGUUAUCAGUUCGAUAUCGGCGAACGUACCACAAAGAACCCAACCAGCACCAAAAAAAAAAAAAACAAUGAAGGUACGUAACCACCUUUGAAUUUGAAUUGAUUGAGUGCAACGGAUCAUAAAUUAAGGACAAUGUUCCAACCAAAAAAACAACCAGGCGAAGAUAGUAGUAGUAGUAGUAAUAAUUGGGCCAUAUUUAUCGAUUACUUUACAGCUAUCGUCUUAGUUAUCGCUGCGGUGGCUUCUGCCGAACUUCCAUCGAAUAAUAGAGGUUUUUUGGCACAAGAACCACCCUACGCAGCAAGAGGAUUUAGGCCUGCAGGGCCUGCUUUUAAUCUACCUCAAAGGCAACAACAACCACCUACAGCUUAUGGACCGCCAUCAGCUACUACAACCGAGGUUCCAACUACAACUGAAACCAUUGAAACUACGACUAUUUUGGAACCACAAGUCGAAAGUUUCCGUGUAACUCCUGAUGUGGACCAAACACAACAACAACAGAACCCUGGAGCUUUCUACGUUGUAGUACCGCAAAACCAAUUAUACGCUUCAGCCAAGCUGGUGCAACAACAACCACGAUUGGUGCCGCUUCAAGCAGUACCAGCAUUCGCCAAAAUCCAAGAAGUACCAACUUUUGCCAAAAUCCAAGAAGUACCAACUUUUGCCAAAAUCCAACAAGUACCAACUUUCGCCAAAAUCCAAGAAGUACCUCAAUUCGCUCAGCUAAACUACAACUACAACGUUCCUUUGGUGGCUUCUUCCGCUUACACAUCAUUCGUCAGUACUCCUUAUAGUUCUAGUUACAUUCAAAGUUUCCAAUGAUUGUUGUUACGAAAAAAUAAAUAAUUUAAUCGUUUA